CUGGUCAAGUAUUGAGGGGCAGGUAUGCCAGAGUUUGUGUUGAAAUUGCAACAAAUAAGCCUUUAGUUCUUCUUGUUAGGACAAGAUCUAUCAUUCAAAAAGUGGAGUAUGAGGGUUUGAAUAUGAUUUGUUUUCAAUGUGGAAAAAUGACACAUAAAAAAGAAAAUUGUCCUGCUAAUGUUCAUGCUCAGCCAGCAACUGCUAAUCCUCCUUAUGUUUCAGGUACAAACUAAGGUGUCAAUGUGGAGGCUAACUUUGGCCCGUGGAUGAUGGUGGGUAAGAGGAAGAACAAGUUCAUAGGAGGUGGUUUUAGUAAGGCUGCUCCGAAGGAGAGUAACAAAGGAGAUGUGAAUCAGGAAAGCGAAACUAGUGGAGGUUCGAAAAAUGCUAGAGGUGGUGACUCAAAUGGUCAGUGGCAAUUGGUAACAAAAAACAAAGGUAAUCGAAGUGCAGGUAAUAGCAACAUAUUUGUUUCUUUGACUGAACAAACUGCAAUGGACAUGACUGGUCAGGACAAACAUGAGACAAUUAAUGUGAGAAUUUGUAACAGUAGCCCUAUCAUUAAUGCUACAAGUGGUGGGAAUGUUAACAAGUCGGAGAGCCAGUUACAAAUCAGAGAAGUGAAUAAUGUUAGUGGAUCUGUGUCUAAUGAUGUUUUAUUAAAGGCACAUCAGGGAAGGAAUUCGAAUAGAAAGAGUUAUAAUUCAAUUAAUUCUGGUAAUGGAGGUGUCUUAAAUGACAAUCAAGUUAUUGUUAGUGAACCUAUAAAUAAAGGGAAAGGAAAAAUAGUUUCUACUGACAGUAAUGGAAGCAGAAAAUCAGAUGGAGGACAACUUACAGUUCCAACAAAUACUCUCUCAAGUCUCUCUAAGACCAUUGAAGGUUUCUUGGAAGGUGGAAGACCUUCAAGUCUCUUUAAGACCAUUGGAGGUUUCUUGGAAGGUGGAAGACCUUCAAGUCUCUCUAAGACCAUUGAAAGUUUCUUAGAAGGUGGAAGACCUUCUUGUUCGAAGAGCUCAGGAGGAGUUGCAAGCAAUGGCAAAUCAUUUGACAGAAUUAGUGAUGGAUCAAAUAACACAAGUGGACUUAAGGCUUCAAAUGCUGGAGGACAUCGCACAUCUGAGCAGCUGGAGUGGAAUGUAUUUUUGGACAGAGUCAAUCAGGUAUUGAUUCCGUUAAGCUUCCCCCGUUCAAAUUGGACUUACAUGGAUCCGUAUGAGUAUCUAAACCAGAAAAGGGAAGAACUAGAAUGCAUGUCAAAGAUGUGGCCAGAAGCAACAACACUAGUGGCGUAAUUGGCUCCAAUGGUGGAAACUCCAGCACUAAUAAGAAGCACAAAUGAUAUUUGGAAGUUCGAGAUGAAGUUCAAUACUCGUUUAGAUGCAGAUCAUUUCUACCAACGACAGUUCAAGAAAAAAUUCAUUUUAAUUCUGGAGUUGAACAAGGCAGCGAUUGCAAGGAGAAUGGAGAUGCCACUCUCUAGAGGACCUGCAAGGUCUGUUUGUUUUGGACACUGUAUCGAUAAUUUGUCCAUGAAGAUAUUAAUUUGGAAUUGCAGGGGUGCUGCCCAACCCUCUUUUGUUCGUGUUAUGAAGAAGUUAAUUAAGAUACAUAAGCCAACUAUUGUGGCUUUGUUAGAGACUAGAGUGAUUGCUACUCAUGAUGUUGGUUUAGUUAGGCAAUUGGGUUUUAUGGAGUCCAUUGUGAUUGAUCCCGAAGGUUUCUCAGGGGGGCAUGUGUUUGUUGUGGGAUCCGGAUGAGGUGGAUAUUGAGGCUACUAAAGUGUCUAGGUGAGCCAUUCAUGCAGUUGUUACGGCCAAGUUCAAUAGUCCAUGGAUCCUGUCCUCAAUUUAUGGGAGUACUAAUAAGGUCACCAGGAAGACUAUUUGGGAGGAAAUAGGUGUCAUUGCUGAAGUUAAUCAAGCAGGCCAUAUGGUUAUGGGAGAUUUAAACACUAUUGGCGCAAGGAAUGAAAAAGUUGGUAUAAAAGAGCCUUAUGCAAGUCAAUUGCAGGAGCUUAAAGAUGUGAUGAAUCAAUGUGGUUUGAUUGAUUUGGGGGCGAAUGGGCCAAGAUAUACUUGGAAUAACAGAAGGGCUGGACUUGCAAACAUCAAGGAAAAGCUGGAUCGUGUUUUGGCUAAUGAGGAUUGGUGAAAGAGUUUCAAAAAUGCCCAGGGUUUCACUGUGGCUAAGGGAGCUCCUAUGGUUACUCACUCGC